CACGAACCCCGGAGUCAAGGAACAGUCUCGCAUCCCGGAGCCAAAUACUGCAAUGAUCGGGGAUCGAAGGGCGUACAGAGGCCGCCCUACCUAGCAGAGAGCGACGCCACGUAACCGUGGGGGACGGGAAUGCAACAACACAGGUGACCCCGCACCGAGAACCCAACCAACAGCUGCUCGUGAAUCCGCGAGCGGAGAACAAUGCGCUCAGCCCUGAGCGCGGAAGCUCGCGGUGCCGCGCCCGGGGGCGUGCCCGGCCCGGGGCCUGCUGGGAAAUGUAGUGUCUGAAGCUGAGCCCACGCAGCCCCGCCGCCCCUCGGACCGAGCCCCGUGCAACUACAAGUCCCAUUACGCUCCGCGUAGUCUUGAUCGCCCGGCUUUUGCAGGGAAAGGAGUGGGUGAACAUGGCUGAAGGCACCCGGAUCGGCCCAACGUGCCACGGGAUGGGUAGCAGGCAGGACCCCGUCUCCAGCAGUGGGAGCUGCAACUUUCCAGAGUACGAGCUUCCCGAGCUAAAUACGCGUGCAUUCUAUGUGGGCGCUUUCGGGGAGCUGUGGCGGGGCCGGUUGCGCGGAGAAGGGGACUUGUCGCUGAAGGAGCCGCAAGCAUCCGCGCUGCCAGGGAGCCAAGGGGUCGCCGAGUGGGGCCAGGAGGAUGCUGCGGUGGCCCGGGAUCUGGGCUGCAGCUUGGAGGCGGCAGCAGAGCUGCGGGCCGUGUGCGGCCUUGAUAAAUUAAAGUGCCUUGAGGCGGGUGAGGACCCAGAAGUCAUCCCAGAGGACACCGACCUAGUGACUUUGGGGGUUAGAAAGAGGCUUCUGGAACAGCGGGAAGAAACCAUAACGAUAGAUCGGGUUUGCAGGCAAGAAACCUUUGCUUACGAGAUGGAGUCACAUGCCAUAGGAAAAAAGCCUGAAAACCCAGCAGACAUGGUUGAAGAGGGGGAGCUUAUCCUAUCUGUGAAUAUCUUGUACCCCGUUAUAUUUCAUAAGCACAAAGAACACAAACCAUACCAGACGAUGCUGGUAUUGGGCAGUCAAAAGCUCACGGAACUGAGGGAUUCAAUUUGUUGUGUCAGUGACCUCCAGAUUGGUGGUGAAUUCAGCAACACUCCUGAUCAAGCUCCUGAGCACAUAAGCAAAGACCUGUACAAAUCAGCCUUCUUUUAUUUUGAAGGAACAUUUUAUAAUGAUAAGAGAUACCCUGAGUGCAGAGAUUUGAGCAGAACUAUCAUUGAGUGGUCAGAGUCCCAUGAUAGAGGCUAUGGAAAAUUUCAGACCGCUAAAAUGGAAGAUUUUACCUUCAAUGACUUGUAUAUUAAACUGGGUUUUCCUUACUUAUAUUGUCACCAGGGAGACUGUGAGCAUGUUGUCGUCAUCACUGACAUAAGGCUUGUGCAUCGUGAUGACUGCUUGGAUAGGACCCUUUAUCCCCUUCUUAUCAAGAAGCAUUGGUUGUGGACCAGAAAAUGUUUUGUUUGUAAAAUGUACACAGCCAGAUGGGUGACGAACAAUGACAGUUUUGCACCAGAGGACCCAUGUUUCUUUUGUGAUGUUUGCUUUCGGAUGCUCCACUAUGAUUCAGAAGGCAACAAACUGGGAGAAUUCCUUGCUUAUCCUUAUGUUGAUCCUGGAACCUUUAAUUAAUAACAAAAGUACACCCUUGUGAAGUAACUACCCUGUGGAUGGUUACUUUAUUUCCAAAACAUGUCACUGAGGAACAGGAUCCACCCGACACAAUCAGCCAGUUACCCACCCCCCUGCACAAGUUCAGAUCACAGGUUUUCUUACAAAGUAACUUGUGUUUAGAAAUACAUUAGUUUAGUAUUUAUUCCAAAAUAUGGUUAUUAUUUAGUGCCUCUGCCCAUUAAGUGUGUUUAUCUAAGUUGUAGGAGUACUUUAUAUAUUUUGAAUACAAAUCCUUUGUCAGAUUCAAGUGUUCUGAUUUUUGCCCAGUCUGUGGCUUGUCUAUUCAUUCUGUGUCCAGAGUGGUUUUUGCUAAUCUGUAAUUAGAAAAAUUCAGUUAAUGAUACAUCAAGUGGUGGGAGUAUUUUGAAAAUGCUUUGAAGAGUGCGAGAGCUACACCUUGUACCGUGAGGCUUCCAAGGUAAACAUCAUUCAAUUAUCUGUAAUAAAAAUGAGGAACAAGAAUAAAAGUAGAUUUAACAAAUAACAGCAUUAAGAAUAGCUAUUGUGUAAUGUGUUCUCACAGUGGUUUCGUUUAUAGUGUUUUGUUAGAAACUAGUAGGCACACUAAACAUUUUAAUGAGACUCACUGCAUGAAUAAUGAAUGUAAAAGGAUCCUGAGUAUAUACUCCUACCUUCACAAAAGCAACCUUUAAAUUGAAGAUUGAUUUCUUGGGCAAGAAUUUUUUCAGUUUAAUGUUAUUAAAAGAAAGUAGCAGAUUUUGAGGCACCUGGCUGGCUCAGCCGGUACAGCGUGCAACUCCUGAUCUCAGGUUAGAAGUUCAAGCCCCACGUUGGGUAUAGAGGUUACUUAAAAAUAAAAUCUUAAGAAUAGCGGAUUUUAUGUACUAUGACCACUGGGACAUGGGUGGGACAUGGGAAGUCAAGAUCCUGUGGAUUGCUAGGAUCACUCAUUCUUGGGCAAGAAUACCCAAUAUUCUAUCAGAAUCAGUUGGACCAGAGGUUUUCUGGUCCAGCUCUUUCAUUUUUCUGGCCCCCUCACUCGGAUAAUCCUACUUAUUCUCUUUCAUUCUGGUCCAGAGGACACCUUUGAUGAAUUCCAAGAUCUAGGUCAUUAGAGAAAAUUGUAGUUAUCUAGUUGUCUAUAUUGAAAUGUUUUCUGGAAACUUUUGGUGGAAAGUUUAAGACUUCUAAGAAUGCUGUAAAAUUGUUCCUUUUAAACGUGUCAUAAAUUCUGCUCUCUCUCUUCUAGGUUAUUUAAAGUCACUUGAGUUCCACAUUCCCUGGAUGGUUAAGAGCAUUUACCAUACAAGUCAAAACUGAUGAAUCCUUUAAGCCUGUAUGUUUAAAAGAUUGGCAGUGAAAUGUUUUGUGGACUUAAGUACCACAUACCCAAUUAAGUCCAUUGCUGGACAGAGGACACGCCCCUGUUUCUGGUAUGUGUAGUGACCGUCUCUUUCACUCAUUCAGUGAAUACACCACCAGAGGAUCAGUAUAAAGAACUAAGAGAUCCCUCCCUCCCUUGCCUGGCUUCAGUUGCUGCCUAAAUGUUUACUUUCAUGUUUCCAAUGAUGCUAAUUAAUAAAUUCAACAGAUUGAAAAUUCUGCUACAAACCUAUUGAUUUAACCAAUUCCUAGAAUUUCCAGGGGUAAAAAUGAAUUUCUGCAUCCUUUAUUUUUAAACUGCAUUCCGUUUAGUUCUUGCAUUAGUAUGCAAGGGUCUGUUUACUUCUAUUCAUUUUCCUUUCCUAGUCUCAAAACAGAAAAUUCCAAAAAGUGCAUUGUCCCAGUGGAAGCAUUAAUCCAUAUGUGGUGCCCAUCAAUUCAUUUUAGUGGACGAAGAAGACUGUCAGUUAAAAUAUUACUGCUAGUAAAAUUCUUACUUUAUCAUUAAUAUUGUCCUGCUGGCUCUUAAGGUUAAACUUUCCCAUCAAAAUUACAAAGGCUCUGAUAUCUUUUUAUCAUUUCCUUGUGAAAUCUAGAGGAAGAAAGGCUAACCUUGUUACUCCCAGAAUUUGCCAGUGUAUUGUUGGAUACACAGGUGUCCCACCAAAUUCAAGUCAAAAGAACUUCUAACUUUGAAAUAGUCCUAAAAGAGGUAUUGAGUGAGGGAUUUUAUAGCUGUAAAAUUCAGUGUUAAACAUGACUUAAAUUACAUAUUUUACCUGAUGCAAAGCAAAUAUGAAAAUACUGUAAUGAACUUUAUUUAAUCAGUAUCCUCUGUAGUUAGAAUAAGAUUUUGAUAUAACAGUAGAUGAGUGUGUGCAAAAAUCAGUAUUUAGAAAAGCAAAAUUGGUUUAUGUCUUUCAACCCCUGGUAUCUUGUAAGGAUAAUUUUACCUUCUCCCAAUCCAGUCACAGUAUCUUUAUCAUCUCUAAGGUUAGAGAACUAAAUUAAAAACAUUUCUACCUACGUAGCGGUUCAUUUCUUAAGGUUUGUAAUUAUGGGUUUGCUAUUUCCAAUAGAUCAUCCUUUCUCUGACCAGUGGGACAAAAUAAGGUGUUAGUGAAGCCCUCACAGCCUUGUAAAAAGCCUUUGCUCUUAUGUAGGAUUAGUUGGCAGACCUCAUCUUGACCCGACCUCUUCAACCAGGUAAGUGUGUGUGGGUACACUAUAAUCAGUGUUAUCAGCCAAAAGCGGGUAAAAUAUCUUCCUACUGUUUGAAAUUACAGGAUAAAACAGCAGAUGGCUUAAGACAGUCGUUUAUACAUUGUUUCUCCAAUUCAGAUGGUACCUGUGAAAUUUCUCCAAAGCAGCUAAGAAAACUUUAGACAAUUCGUUCUGUAGGGCCACAACGUACUCUCUUUUUCCAGAAAACUUUAACAUUGAUUUUUGAGAGAGAGGGAGACAUAAUCCAAAGCAGGCUCCAAGCUAUCAGCACAGAGCCCACAUGGAGCUCAAACUCACAAACUGUGAAAUGACGACCUGAGCUUAAGUCAGAUGCCCAACCGACUGAGCCACCCAGACACCCACUCUUUUAAAUGUUAUCCAGUGGUUGAAAAAACAUGAAGUAGGUGGUUUAUACCUACCAAAAGAAAAGAUUUUUCCCCACUUUUGUUAGCUAUCUCAUUUAAAUUAUCUUGGUGACUUGACUUGUUCAGCACUGGAGUUUUGACCAAAUACACAAUUUAAAUUGAGAAAAUGCUCCUGAAAGUUAUUGGUAUUUAUGACUUUUUAGGAGUUCUCACAGUGGUAGUUACCUGUGAAUCAGCCUAUGACAAACCGAAAAUAGAAGGCCAGUUACGUUUAACACUAUGUAAGUCAAUGGUUUAGAGCAAGGCCAGCCCAAACACGCAGACAUAAGUUAUCAGAAAGCUAUUACAUAGAUCUCCUGAAGUUGAAUAUUCUGUGGUUUCUCAGUAAAACUGUUAUCAAUCUGCUGGGUCACAGAAGAAAAGGGGAGGGUGAACAGAAAAUAACAUUUUUAGCUUCCUAUAGAUUUAGUUGUUACCCUAUCUCCCCAGGCAACACAACCUGUAUACCAAGUUAAGAAAUUAACUCCGCUAGAAGCAAAUCCAGAAUUCCAAAAACAUUUUUAAGUAGCAAAGAAUUUACUAGUAGAGUUUGAUAGAAAAAUCCUUUAAUCAAAACAAGUUUACAAUGUUGACACUUAUGGCUUAACUAGAAUAAAUCUGUUCAAAUUUAAGUUGUAUUAAGGACCAGAUAUAGUGUAAUAUCAAUAGUUCCCUCAAAACAGUGGGUCCUGGUUCCAUUGUAAGACCUCUCAAAAAGCAAAACUCCAACUGUUGAAAUAAUUCACUUUUCAUCUAUAGAUGAAAGCAAUUACCUGAGAGGUCAAAAACAUACAAUGCAUGUCACAUGCAAACACUGGUAUUAGUAUUAAGCCUUUUCCCCAUAUUCAUAGUUUUGAAACAUGAGAAGUGUCUUAGCUACUGAAAACCACCAACUGACCUAAUAUUCAAAAUAUCUUAGAAAUUCUAUCUGCUAAAUUACCCUUAAGUUUUGUUAACGUUGGCUUACCCUGACUUAAGUCCAUAUAUAUGAAUAUACAGACCAUCGAAAUACUCCUUUACUUUGUCUUACUGCCUCAGAGCAACAUGUAUUUCUAACUCCUCACAAUUCUGUCACAUGCAGGAUCUCUAAUAAUCCCCUUCUGAUAUAGCCUUGUUUUCAAAUAGGUUAGUUUUCUUAUAUAGUAUUUACUAUUUACUGCGUAAGAAUCAUGGAUUUUUUUUCCAAUUAAAAAAAUACUUAGUGACUUCCUUAAAUGAGUGUGACUUUUUAAAAAUUCAGAAACUUGAGACAGUUCUCAAAAAUAAACUUUUAUCAUUUACUUUUAGUUUCAGCUACUAGUGCCUGUAAAAGGAUCUUAGAUGGUAGAACCCUAAAGCCAGAUUCAUUCCUAUAUAUACCUAUUCUGCUUUCUGCAGGGAAGUCACGUGACUUCACUAAAUUCCCAGCCAUAAAACCUAAAUUACCUUCGAAAGUUAACAUGAGUUUUGUACCUCGUAGAAUUGUCAGUUCAACGUCAGUUGGGUAUCUAGUUGUCAUACAAAAAGGCAUACAGACCACAAAUUGUUACAAAGCAGCAGGAUAAUAAUGUAGCACAAUGUAGACUGUGAGAUUAAAAUUAACUUUUGAUAAAAUAAGUGAGUACUUGUAUAGAAGUAACAUUUUAUCUACCAUAAAAAUGCAUAACUUCUACAAAACCCACAAACAGUGAAAAGACAACUCUGGUAAAUCCAAUAUUUGUAAAAACUAUGCACAAAACCCACAGUAUUUGGGAAAGAGGAAAGGUUUAUACAAGUAGCAGUUUUAAAAAUGUAACUUUUUUCUACUAUCAAUUACACGUUAACAUACACACACUAAUUGAAAUUAUGCUACAACCAAUGUCUGGAAAAGCAGUUUAACAUUUCCUAAAUGAGUUUUCCCUCACACUUAGUGAAUAAUGUAGCUGUUAAUACUGCACAAGUACAAUUAGCAAUAAUGUUUAAUUACUUUUAAACAAAUAUAAAGGGAUUUUUCUCCCUCCAAACAAGUUUUCAACAUCAAAACCUAUGCUUAUAAAAAUUUAAAAUUUUCAGCAUUCUAAGUAUUUCAAAUGAAAACCAUUACAAACUUCUCAAAUGUUCUUUAUAUUCCAGGUAUGUCAACCUAAUUAUCUAGUGUAGAAUCCUUCAGAGAUAUUUCAGUCUCUCUCUCUUCAUUGGAUGGCCUAAAGAAAGGAAAGAAAGGGUUGUAAAUUUUAAAUGGCUGAGACUCUGGAGAUCAUCUAACAACCCACGAGACCUGAAAAGGCUCAGGUGAGCAUCUCCCCUCAAAGAUAAUCAAAUAGAGAUGGAAGUAAACCUAGAUUUAACAAAAUUCAGUUCAAUGCCUUUUCUAGUAUCCCCCCCAUCCCACAAUAUCUUGAAAAAGAUUCCUAAUAAACAGUAACCCACUCUCUUAUGGGUGGACCUCAUAUUUUGCACAGCAAAACAACUUCAAAUAAAUAUAUCCGUGCAUCUUUUUUUUUGGAAGUAAUCUCUGCUCCUGAACUCAUGACCUCAAGAUCAAGAGUUGCAUGCUCUACCGACUGAGCCAGCCAGGCGCCCCAACCAUGGCCCCAGCCAUGCACCAUAAAGAUGCAAAAAUUAUUUUACAAUACAGUGUUUAAUAUUCACACAAGGAAAUAAGUUUUAAACACUUUCUCAUUCAGUACUCAAAUACUUUAAAGAUUACUUUCUAUUAUGAGAUCAAAUGAUCAACCCAUUUUCCAAUUUCUUCCCUGCAACAAAAUGGGUUUAGAAUGUAAGAGAAAUUAAACAUACCUCAUUGCUGGCUUUUUCUUCAUGGUCAGUAUCUUCCUUUGAAACACUUGUUUCUUUUUCUUCAACUUCAACAUCAGAUGAUGCAUUCGAUUGCUUAGUUGAUGCCUAUAAACGACCAGGUCUAUUAACUUCACAAAGUACGAUUUUACCCCAUUUCAAAAUUUUCUACCCAUGAAAAAAUUCAAAAGCCUAUUUAGAAGUUAUAAAAGUAUCUUCAUUUCUGUUCCACAAAAUGCUUUUAACAUAUACAAUUUUUUAAAAAGCUUCAAAUUCUAUUAUUCCUUUAGAAAAGUAUUAUAAGGGGCUGUAUUCCUAUAACUGAGUGUAAAGGAUAAAACAGUGAGGCAGAAAUGGAAGUAACAUUACAAAGAAGACCAUUCUAGUGUUCUAACCAAUAAAUAUCCAACAAGAUACAAUGUAACGUGAUUUAGAAUAGCACAGACCUAUACUGUAUUCAACUACUGGCAUAUUCUAAAGAGAAACUUAUCUUAGAGCCUUAGCAAAGGACAUACAAGAGCUUUCUUGAAAGACUUUGAUCUAUAUCUCAUAUUUAGUUUAUUUAAAAUUCAGACUCUUGAGACGGGAUUUUGAUUUAAUAGGAGGUACUGAAUGGGAGUCCAAUCAUCUUUUUUGUUUUUUUUGUUUUUUUU